GUGCAGACGGACCGAUGAAAGCGGAAGUCGACCUGUGUACUGGAAGAUGCACGAUGUCCUUGCCUGCUUCAAUUUGAGAUAACGUGCAUUUUAAAACAUAAAUCCUUGUCUGGUGGAGGUUAAGGUUACCGAUUUGGCUGUUAAAAGCAUAAUACAUCAUGCCUCUGCAUAAAUACCCCCCCAAAAUGUGGGAUGCCCUGAAAAUGAAGCAGGGCAUCUAUGCUCGUCUCCCUCAACACUACCUCAAGUCCCUCGAGAAGAAAGAGCCCACGCCUGUCCACUGGAGGCCCCUGGGUGUUGAGUACCGAGCCAACCCGAAGACCGGAUUGAAGGAACGGGUACAAGAUGUCCCAAUCCCCAUCUACUACCCUCCCCACUCCCAAGACGGCCUAUGGGGAGGAGAAGGCUGGAUAUCAGGCUACAGAUAUGCCAACAAUGACAAAAUGUCCAAUCGUAUGCGGAAGACCUGGAAACCACAGCUGCUUAAGAGAGACCUGUACAGUGAGAUCCUCAAUCACAAGUUCACCAUCACAGUCACAGCUCGCACUCUGAACUUCAUCGACGCUGCCUUUGGCUUUGACUUCUAUAUACUCAAAACACCGAAAGAAGACCUGAACUCCAAGCUGGGGAUGGACCUGAAGAGGGCGAUGCUGCUUCGUCUGGCACGAAGAGACACAGAACUUUACCCCGACGACCCCGUCACAAGAGAAAAGGUCUACAACAAAUACAAGCAGUUUGAGAUCCCAGAGGAGGAGGCAGAGUGGAUCGGUCUGAAUCUGGAGGAGGCCGUGGAGAAACAGAGGCAGCUGGAGUACAAGGAACCUGAGCCUUUAUUUAAAGUCUAUGUGGACAAGCUGGUGGAGGAGCUUCACAUGAGGAAGAUGCUGGAGCCACAUGUCACAGACAAGAAGUGACCACCUGAACCGUCUAAGACUAAAAGAUUAAGUAGGUUGAACUAUCAAGCUUCCCCAGAUGGGGGUGGGAGAUUGAGUCACCAUUUUCAGUCCUGACUGCACGCCCUGGAGAACUCCUGCAGUUUCUGCUUUUAUUUCCAUCUGGCCGGAUACAAAGGUGGAAGUGGCCAAAGAACUGAAGUCAUAUUGGACUAAAGCAUAUUUAUUUCAGUUGUGGUGUAUCUCCCCUGACAGUGAACAGUCUUACAUGAUGUAAUUCAGGAAUUGAGGGAAAAGCUUCAGUAUCAGUGUAAAUUCUCCCCAGCCAGCUGUGGUAAGUAUAGGACACCUAAAAAAAAAUAAAAUAAAGAUUUCCUUUUUAUUUCUUAAA